CAGCUGUCAAUAAACAGGAUAUUAGAAUAACAAUAGAGGUAAUGCAGGUAAGUUCAGUUAACCAAAUACCAAAAUUCGUACUUACUUGAAAAACUAUGGCAAAUGCAUACGAAAAUUAUCUAAAAAGUGUCAACGCGAACAGAAAUAUAGCCGAACGGCCGCCAGGGAAGUACAGGGAAAAACUAAAUUACCUCAAACAAUUGAUACGAGAAUACGUUCAUGAAAAUGCAGCCUUAGUGGAUGAACUGGAGGAAAUACAAACCACAAUUAUAAUUAGAAAAGAAGAAAGAAAAUUUCUUUUAAGGAAAUUAUGUGAAUAUGAACCACAAGUAGCUACAGAAGUUCAAAAUGUUGCUAAAACUGGAUUUUCUCAGUCGUCACAUCUUGAUAACAAAAAAGGAAAAAAGCGAGCAAACAACGAUUCUUCAGACAGAAAAUCAAAGUCAAGAAAAAAUUCACGAUCACGUAAAAAAAUUGUUCAACCAAUUCCUCUUGAUAAUUCAGGGCGUCCAAUAUUCCCUAUAGAAUUGGGAAAUUUGACCAUACACUGCUUAGGGGAAGUUGUAGCAGAUCGAUGUGAAUUUCAUUCUGAAGAUGUUAUAUAUCCUGUGGGUUUUAUAUCAACUAGAAUGUAUGGUAGUUUAGAUGACCCUACAGUUAAAUGCAUAUAUAGUUGCAAAAUUUCUGAAGUCAAUGGUUUGCCAAAAUUCGAAAUUGAAAUGGAUGAUAAUUCUAAUCCCAUCAUUGGUGAUACACCUGAUGUGUGCCAUUCAUUGCUUCUUCAGAAAAUUAAUGAUGCUUUAUCUUUAAACGUUGUAAGCACAAGGCCCCGAGGGAACGAUUUCUUUGGUCUCUCACAUCCCACUGUUUUAAAUCUUUUACAAAGUUUCCCGGGUAGUCGCAAAUGCGUGAAUUAUAAAUGGAAUAAGUUUGAAGUAUCAAGAAGUGGUGAUGUGCACACUGAAGACAACGAUGCUGCUCUUAGUUAUGAAUAUUUACAAAGAAGUAUUAAUUUUUGCAAAUAUAAGAUGGCUCCUGAUAUUUUGCAGAAGCCAUCAAAUGACUAUUUAGACAGUAAGGACAAUUUACACGAUUACUUGUUAAAUAAUUAGUCUUUAUGUAUAUUUUUCCUUAAAUAUAAA